AUGUCAAAUCUUGGCUGUUCAGAAACAAACUUGGAGUCUCUUAUGGACAGGGACAAUCCUGUGAAGAAUGGUGUUCCGCUACAACCUCGGAACAUGAUCCCUGGCCAUGGCCUGGAGUACAAGAACCUCUCUUACAGCGUGAUAAAGAAGCAGAAGAAAGAUGGUGCAUGGAUCGAGAAAGACGUUUAUCUUCUUAAUGAUAUCUCUGGCCAAGCAAUGAGAGGAGAAAUCAUGGCUAUUGUCGGGCCGAGUGGCGCUGGAAAAUCAACAUUUCUUGAUGCCUUGGCCGGACGGAUUGCUAAAGGAAGCUUAGGAGGUUCUGUUUGGAUUGAUGGGAAGCCGGUAAGUACAAGCUACAUGAAGAGGGUCUCAUCUUAUGUGAUGCAAGAUGACCAGCUCUUUCCUAUGUUGACUGUCUUUGAGACUUUCAUGUUUGCAGCUGAGGUUAGAUUACCACCUGCCAUCUCCAGGGCUGAAAAGAAAAAACGAGUUCAUGACCUUCUUGACCAACUAGGCUUGCAGAGCGUAAUACACACACAAAUUGGAGAUGAGGGAAGGAGAGGAGUCUCAAGAGGAGAAAGGCGAAGGGUGUCCAUAGGGAUCGACAUCAUCCAUAAGCCCUCACUGCUGUUCCUUGACGAGCCCACCACUGGACUAGAUUCAACCAAUGCUUACAGUGUGGUGGAGAAGAUCAAGGACAUAGCCCGAGGUGGUAGCAUUGUGCUUAUGACCAUCCAUCAGCCUUCGUUUCGAAUUCAAAUGUUGUUGGACCGAAUCACAGUCCUCGCAAGGGGAAGGUUGAUCUACAUGGGCAGUCCCGUAGACUUGCCCGCCCACCUGGAUGGCUUCGGAAGACCAGUCCCUUACGGCGAGGACAACCUCGACUAUCUCCUAGACAUCAUCAAAGAUUACGAUGAAUCAACUGUGGGACUAGAACCCCUUGUGUCGUAUCAACGAGAUGGCACCAAUCCUGACCAAGCAGCUAAAACUCCAAGAUCACCUAGAACCCCAAGCCUAACACCUUACAGACAAAGCAAUCCCGCUUCCAGGCACAUGAUCAACCUCAGCAACCAAGGUUUCUCCUCCUCUGAAGAAAUGACACCUCAGGUAACCUCCUCUGGACGGAUUAGGUAUGGCAAUGAUGAUGGCGAGGACUUCGAUAACUCCUUGGAGCGUAGAGCGUCUCGUACUUCUAUGUCACAGUACAUUAUCAAUCCUCCUUUGGCUUCUCAGUUCUACAAGGACUUCUCCCAUUGGGUUUACGACGGUGUUAAAGGAACACCUCAUCGUCCUCCGUCAUGGACCCCAGCAAGAACACCCGGACAAACACCUUCUCAAGUUAACCAUUCUCGAGCUAGAACCCCUUCAGCCAACAACAGCUCCUCAAUUGAAACCUUCCAACCCUCAUUCGAUGAAUACGAAGAGUACGAGGUAGAAGAAGUGCUCGAUGAGCCCGAUUUGGGACCCAAAUAUGCGAAUCCAUGGCUUAGAGAAUUUGCAAUCUUGUCAUGGCGAUCAGGUUUGAAUGUAAUUCGAACACAAGAGCUAUUCCUUUCGAGAGUAAUAAUACUUGUCAUAAUGGCAUUCAUUAUCUCAAGCCUUUUCAGAAAGCUCGACCAAAACACUUUCAAGAACAUCAAUAAGGUUCGCAACUUCUACAUCUUCUCCGCCUCCCUUAUCUUCCACUCCUCAAACGACGCAGUACCGACCUUCAUCCUUGAGAGGUUCAUCUUCAUCGGAGAGACUUCAUACAACGCUUAUAGAGCAUCAUCAUAUGUGAUCUCUUCACUCAUUGUCUACCUCCCCAGCUUCGCAGUUCAGGGGUUCACUUUUGCAGUCUUAACAAAAUACCUACUUAACCUCCAAAGCAACCUCUUCAAAUUUUGGAUAAUCCUCUUUGCUUCUCUUAUCACCACCAAUUCUUAUGUCAUGUUUGUUAGUGCUCUUGUGCCAAGUUACAUUACCGGUUAUGCCGUCGUGAUCGCCACCACAUCCCUGUUUUUCCUAUUUUCUGGGUUCUUCGCGAAGAGAUCAGAGAUUCCUCCUUACUGGAGAUGGCUUAAUUCUGUCUCCACGGUGAAAUAUUCUUUUGACGCCAUGAUGACAAAUGAGUUCAAAGGAACGCGGUGCUACAAUGGUCUUCCUCAGGAUCUUUUCGCAGGUACUUUCGGAAAUUUGAAGAUUAGCGCUCUGCAUAAUGAAACCCACAAACUGUUACAACAACCAUGCAUGUUGAUCGGAGAAGAUGUUUUGUUCACGAUGGAUAUUACGAACAGCAUUUGGUACGAUGUUGGAGUUUUGCUUGCUUGGGGGUUUCUUUACCGCCUGCUCUUUUAUUUUGUGCUCAGGUUCUACUCCAAGAAUGAGAGGAAAUGA